CAGUGACGGUUGCAACAUGCAUUUGAAUCUCUAGGGUCCAUCCAGCACAAGUUAUUUACAGACCGGCUGCUGUAGAUCUGUCAGACAACACUGGCGUCCGUGUAACAUGCAUACCUGCAUUGAAGGUCGGACUGAACUUUAGCGGAGUAGGAAGUGAAAACAUCCGAGAAAAGAAACAAUGAGUAUGGAUGAAAAGAAGACGGAGACUGUCAAGUUUGAUGCAGACCGGCGUUCGCCAAAGUACGGAUUUAAAGAUCUAUGGAUCGAAUUCUGUCAAUCUACAGGCCUACAUGCAGUUGACAAGAUUAAACCUCCAUCGAUCAACCCGUUUAGCAUUCGUGGAUUGCUGUGGAUGCUUGCUCUGUGUUCAAGUUUUGCGUUCCUCAUCUAUAACCUUGUGGGGGAGAUAGGAAACUACUACAGCUACCCAACCGUCACCAAGGUCACUCCCAAAAUCCAGAGCUCCAUCGAGUUCCCUGCCGUCACCAUUUGCAACAGAUGCACUCUCAACAACACUCGUCUUGGCGUUUACCCAGAAAUGGAGGACUAUUUGUUCAAUGUUUCUCUUGGACGGAUACAAAAUAUCUCAUUUUCUGCACCAACUUCAGAGGUGUUUCAGGAACCGUUGUCUUUAGAAUGGUGGAAGAAUAUGUCUAUGGAAGGAUCCAGGAUGCUGUAUCAAUGCGCCUUUGGUGGUGAAGUCUUUGAUUGCAUGACCAAGUUCCGACCCGUGUUCACUACUGAAGGAUUUUGCCAUACCUUCAACUACAAUGCCAGUGAUAUUGUCGAAGUUAGGACGGCAGGUCAGGAUGCGAACCUCGUCAUCAUUUUAAACAUCAGUCAGAACGACUACACAUUCAUGGGCAACAUGGCCGCGGGGAUUAAGGUUUCACUCCAUAAUCCACGUCUACACCCAGACGCAAGCACCACUGUCGUGAUGGCCGCUCCCGGGUUCUCUACAUAUGUUGCCUUGCAAAAAACUCAGUAUUUGUACCAGCCCAAUCCCUACACGGCAUUUGAUGAUAUUAAAUGUGUGGACACAAACAGUCCCGAGUUUGUCAGCCCCCUCAAGUACUUCUCAACCUACACCUACAGACAUUGCUUCAUAGAGUGUGUCCAGACGAAGGCCUUCAACAAAUGUGAAUGUAUCGGACCUUCUGACCCACGGGAUGGUCCUAGGUGCUCGUUGGUGAAACUGGAAAGUUGUUACAGGCCCUUUGUUAGAUCAGUGUCCAAAGACGGUAACUUCGUGAAGAGUUGCAGGUGUGCCAGCGAGUGCAUGUUUGACAGAUACACUGCCCAGGUGUCCUCCAGCUCCUUCCCAGCCAACAUCUGGGACAACACCUUCCUCAACUCCACGCAGGCUCAGACUGAGGAGAGCUUGCAAGACAACUUACUGGAGCUGAGAGUGUUUUACGACCAGAUGAUGGUGACAUCCAUCACACAACAACCUCAAUAUACGGUGGCCUCGCUGUUUUCCAAUAUUGGGGGUCAGACGGGUCUGUGCCUCGGAGCCAGCAUCUUGACAGUCAUGGAGAUCACGGAGCUACUGGUGUUCAUCCUCCUCUUCCUCUGUGACAAGUGUAGAGGAAGAAAAGCCCGAAACAGAAUCAACAACCGGUAGACAGUGCAACUUACAUGAUAACAGCCAUAUUAUAUUGUAUCCCCGCACAUCUGGUAGACAAUACAACUAUUGGGUCCAUACAUAAUUUGUAGACCAAUUACUGACAAAUGGAUUGAGUGAAAAUACAUACGUCUAUGGAGAACCAUACGUAUGAUAUGGAUUCAGUCAUGAAGUAUUAACUAUGUGCACACCCUCCAUCGUGUUUAUCAGGCGGAUUUAGUACUGUACAUGGAACUUUUUUUUUCAGGAAACAGCAAAUGCCCUUGCUAUUCAUAACUUGAGGAACUUAAGAUUAUCUUUACAGUAUGUAAUCUUAUAGUUCCGUGGAUUCAAUACUGUGUCUGGUCUGUGUUAUUGAAGUCGCUCUAAACGAAAAACACUCCAAGAACAUAUAUUAACUUUCAUGCAGAAUCACCUUUUGCCGCAACAUACACUUUGUGGAUGUGGAUGUAUGAUACAGUAGUUCUUGGUAUACGUAAAACCAACAUUAGCUUGUUUUGGGGAUUCUUGAGAUUCUUGAUUUAUCAAGUCUUUGCACUACUUGAUAUAACACUU